AGUCCUGCGUGACCAUGGAGCCUCACAUGUCAACCCAACGUGACAGGGGGGACUGCCUCACCGCCUUUGGCCCCUCCUCCCCCGUGUUUCUCCUGCUGCAUCCGGAAACUGCUCGUAAGAGGCUCGUUCUUGUAGUAGUUGUUCGUCUAUCCUACUAUUCUACUUGACAACGGGUUCCUACCGGAAGGUUAACCCAAAUCCCCCUUGCUCAAGGGCAACCCAGCUGAUCCCAUCGCAAACCAUGCCCAGCGUCCUCCGCAUCACUCCACUGGCAGCACUUCAGGAGCUUCACGGUGGCUGAGUUGUGACCUGAUCUAUCCGGAUCGUCUCCAAGAACACAGACAGCCAUUGCUCCAUCGCAAUCUUCUGAGUCUCUUAGUCUGGUCGCAUUCACUUCAGGAAAACGAACAAGCAUAAUACUACAUUAUCAACGACGACGCUCGCUACAGCGCCAUUGACACCCACGCUACAUCAUGACCUCCACCCCCAAAAGCUCCCUUGAGAGCGAGGAGCGCGCAUCCAACGCUUCCGAACCCUCAUCCCAAAAUUCACGCACAUCGUCCUCGGCUGAUAGUCCCCGUCGGAAGUCGAUCCAAUUCAACUUUGACGGGGCCGAGCCACAGAGUCACCACCGUCGAUCCACGAGCGCCGUCGGCGGGCGCCGGCCACAACAACCAGACGCGCAGGACAAGGAACAGAAAGCCGCUGGGAGAGGUCAUUCACCUCCGCCUCCUCAAACUUACGAAAGAGGUGUUUCUUUCAAUACAUUCGAUAAUCCUGACGCGGCGGACUUCUCUUUAACUCUGAACUACAAACAUAAAGGGUAUCAGUGUACCCGGCGCAGUCGGACCUUUUUGUGCGGCACGGAUCAGAAUGAUUAUUCCGACUUUGCCCUGGAGUGGCUCAUUGACGAAUUGGUGGACGAUGGCGACGAGAUCGUCUGUCUCCGGGCCGUGGAAAAGGACUCCAUGAUCGCAAGUGACGCCGCAAUCGAGGAAGGCAAGUAUCGCCAGGAAGCGGAGAAGUUGUUCGAGCAGGUGAUUCAGAAGAAUAGUCAGGAUGAGAAGGCAAUUAGCUUAGUCUUGGAACUGGCGGUGGGGAAAGUCCAGGAUAUCAUUCAGCGCAUGAUCCGGAUCUAUGAGCCUUCCGUACUGAUUGUUGGCACCCGUGGCCGUAGCCUGGGCGGCGUACAGGGCCUGCUGCCCGGCUCCGUCUCCAAGUACUGUUUACAGCAAUCUCCAAUUCCCGUGAUCGUGGUCCGUCCCUCCACCAAGCGAGAAAAGAAGAAGAAAAAGCGUCUUGCGGAUCCCACCCGCCGCGGCUAUAAUCAGAUCCUAGAAUUGAGCGAGCAGCGUGGAAGCAAGUUAUUCGACGCGGGUUCGAGUACAGACAGUCACGUCUCAAAGCUUCCGGACGAAGAAGCUGCGGUAGCCGCAGCUCUCGGCCUGCCUCAGUCGUACGCCAACUCCCGAAGUUCGCUCUCGAUGUCCGAGCGAAGCAGUGUUAGCCAUGAUGAAAAUGAAUCGCCACCAUUGGGAGACGGCUCCCCGGGCACCAGCCACAGCCCAGCGGCAGGAAGCCCAGAAAGCACCGAGAGCGAAAGCACAACGGAUGACGAACCUGGUCCGCAGACCAAAGAUGCGUCCGGAGGCUCGUUGUCAGAGACGGUAUCUACGGAAGAGUCCAAGACGGCUGAUGCAACGUCGACAGAUGAGUGCGAGCUGACCAGCUCCAAUCAGAGUACACCAAGGCCAGGCAGUUCCAAACUAAACAUCCCGGUCAUUGUCACCGAAGAUAUGGCCGAGAAGGGAGCAAAUGGUCAAUGAGCCUGACGCUCCUCCAACAAGUUACUACAAUGUACCACUUCAGACCUCAUCCGGAAAAAGGGUGCUAGCCCUGUGUUCUCCUAUGAGAAAUCAUAUCAUCACACCAUCAGUCAUCACA